UGUGGCCAGGCCAAGGCCCGCUGCCCACCAUUUUGGAUGGGACCCCCCUUAGAGAUUCUCUGGGCCGGGCAAUCGAGGAAAUGAUAAAACCUCCCCAACAGCCGCCGUCUGUUCCCCUUUUCACCACCGCCAUCACCAUUGUCAAGACUCCUCUUUUACAACAAGAGCCGCCUCUCCGACGACUCUUGACUGGACCCGGUGUUUGCUGGUGUCUUCUUUACCUAGAGGGUCCCUAUUCAGUCUACUUUGCCAUAAGUUUACUAACUUCACCAUGGAUGCGCUGUGAGUAGCCUCCCUGAUAUUGCCAUUCGAACACGCCAAUGUUUUGAACAGCCCCUUCUAACAUCGAUUUUUGCAGAAACGCGACCACCUUCGCGUCCUUUAACCAGACCAAGGACUACUUUGUUGUCCUCGAGGAGGUCUCCAAGUACAAUGUCCAGCUCAACAUUGUUGAAAAGCUCUGGGCCGCUUGGUACCUCUGGAUGCAGAACGAUACCCUCGCGACCGGCAUCAUGAGUUUCGUUCUUCACGAGCUCGUCUACUUCGGCCGCUGUAUUCCCUAUAUGAUGAUGGACUACAUCCCCUAUUUCCAACAAUUUAGAAUUCAGAAGCAGAAGGUUCCUACUCUCAAGGAGCAAUGGGAUUGCGCCGCCAUCGUUCUAAUCAGCCAUUUCACCGCCGAACUUCCUCAGAUCUGGUUCUUCCACCCCGUCGCUACCUACCUCGGUAUGGAUUACGGUGUGCCCUUCCCUCCCGUCUGGAAGAUGGCUCUCCAGAUCGCUAUCUGCUUCGUCAUGGAGGAUGCUUGGCACUACUGGUUCCACCGUGCUCUGCACUACGGUCCUCUCUACAAAGCCAUCCACAAGAUGCACCACACCUACUCUGCUCCUUUCGGUCUCGCCGCUGAGUACGCUUCGCCCAUCGAAACAGCUCUCCUCGGAAUUGGCGUCGUCGGAUGCCCCGUUGUCCUCCUUGCCAUUACUGGCGAGCUCCACCUCUUCACCAUGUACACCUGGAUCGUCCUCCGUCUUUUCCAGGCCAUCGACUCUCACAGUGGCUACGACUUCCCCUGGAGUCUGCGCCACUUCCUUCCCGUCUGGGCCGGUGCUGCCCACCACGAUCUUCACCACGAGAAGUUCAUCGGCAACUACGCCUCCAGCUUCCGCUGGUGGGACUACUGCCUGGACACCGAGGCUGGCGCCGAGGCUCACAAGCGCCGUCGCGAGAAGAAGCUUGCCCAGAUCAAGGCCAAGAAGGCGCAAUAGAGUGGUGCAAAGAAAACCUGGCACGACGACAGUUAAUCGAUUGCGGUGAAUCGAGUUCGACUCAGGGAUUUCACGACCGGAAAUAAAAUGAAGAGGGUGUUGAUCAUGAAGACUUAGACUGUUCGCAAACCGGGCAUACAUUGUCUCCGUCGCUAAACUCGCGGCUCGAGCAUUCGCAUGGCGUUGGGGAUGUUAACUAAGAACGACUUUUUACGCUUGUAUAUAAAAACUUGCCCUGGAGAGGCUUUAGACAUAUUUAAUCAUCAGCAUCGUUCGUUGACCUUUAACCAUACCAUCACCAGUAACCAUCUGUAUGUGUAUCAUGACAUCUCGUCAUGAUCGCAGUGACGUAGUGC